ACGAUCCUGACCAACCAGUAUGCGCCUGGGGAGUGUUCUGGUGGGGCGCUGUCCAAGUGGUCUGUGUUGCUUUUUUCCCCGGUGAAAGGCGCUGACACCCCGGGGAUAAGAAUGCCUCUCGUAGCCCGUUGCAUUGAGCCGCGCUAUUUGUGUCGAGAGAAGAUUCCCACUGUCCGUAGUGAACUGGAAUGUAUGACCAACAUCACGCUGUCCAAUGUCAUCAGGCAGCUGGGAAGUUUGAGCUGCUAUGCAGAAGACAUCUUUGGAGAGCUGUUUACUGAAGCAAGCCUGUUUGCUCAGCGUGUGGGAACACUGGGUGAGAGAGUGGAAAAGCUACAGGUCAAAGUGACCCAGCUUGAUCCUAAAGAAGAGGAAGUUUCUCUACAGGGCAUAAACAUGAGAAAAGCAUUUCACAGUAACACCCUGCAAGAUCAACAACUCUUUGUACGUGAUUCUCUUUCGGUUCCUGUCUGUGAAACAUAUGCUACCUGUAACAUGCCGCCACCACUCAACAUCCUUUCCCCUUACAGGGAUGAUGGCAGGGAGGCCUUGAAGUUUUACACAGACCCAUCCUACUUCUUUGACCUGUGGAAAGAACAGAUGUUGCAGGACACAAAAGAUAUCAUGAAAGAAAAGCGCAAACAUAGGAGAGAAAAGAAAGAUAAUCCUAAUCGUGGGAAUGUGAAUCCUCGUAAAAUCCGCACGCGAAAAGAUGAAUGGGAGAAGAUGAAAAUGGGCAAGGAAUUUGAGGAACAGAAAGACAAUCUUUCAAUUGCUGGAUUUCAAUUAAAUCAAAAUGGAACCAUAAGUCCUAUGGAUGGGGUUGAUAUAUCUCUCUAUCCCCCACCGCCUCCAAAUGAUGAUAUUAUUCCAAGCCCACCUCCAGUUCUCGAUGAUUCUCUGCCGCCUCCACCCAUGGAUUUUAGCUCACCUGGAACUACUAAUCGAGCAAGCUUAGUCAGCCCAGCCCACCCACCUCCAGCACCUCCCAUAAGUUCUCCAAUCAGUGGAAGACCCAGUUUUUCCCCUCCUCUGGCUCCUCCACCACCACCACCUCCAGCUGGAAUAUUCCCAGACCCUUCCUACCUUCCUCCCCCAAGUCCACCAGCAUGCCCUCCUAUGCCUGGUUUUCCUGCUCCCCCUCCACCUCCUGUGCCUUCAGUGAUGGAUUAUGCUCCUGCAUCCCCUGUUCCUCCUCCAGCUCCCCCUGCUGGAGGCCCACCUCCACCACCUCCACCACCACCACCACCUGGCCCACCACCUCCUGGUCCUCCUCCCCCCCCAGCUUUUCCCAAAAUAGAAGGAGAAUCUCUGACGCCAAAAGCAAAAACCAGCCUGCCACCAGAAAACGAUCCAAGGAGCGACCUUUUGUCUGCAAUACGUCAAGGUUUCCAACUGCGCAAAGUGGAGCAGGAGCAGUUGGAGCAUGAGAAACGGGAUGUUGGAGGUAAUGAUGUGGCCACUAUCCUGUCUCGUCGUAUAGCUGUGGAAUACAGCGACUCUGAGGAUGACUCUUCAGAAUUUGAUGAGGAUGACUGGUCUGAUUAAGCUCAUGAAGAUUUGGAAUGGAAGAAAGACCCUAGGGUUUGCAGAGUCUUUGAGCCACACACUAGACACUGCAAACGUUUAGUUAUGUAUUCCAGCGGUGUGAGCUUGUCACUGGGGGAGUAACAUGUUGACCUCUCCUUUUUAUAGUAUAGCUUUGACACAAAAACGUUUUUCUUGGAAUAAAGUGAUUCUCGUUUUUUUAUUCAGAAACAAUACAUAUGUAUGAAACAAAAACACCUUCUGACCAAACAGGGCAUUACUUACCCUUAACAAUAAGACUCCAGGUGGAAGGGAUAUGUACUUUGUAACACAGUUUACAGUGUAUAAGUAGUAAAAUGCAAUUUACACAUCAAGUAGAUACAACUGACUUGCAUAUGCUGUGAAAUAAUUGAUUUUCCAGCUCAUAAAUUAAUGUAGAAAUUGCUUUUUUACAUGCUUUACAAUGCUAUGCAACUGAUCCAGUUCGUUUAUAACCUUUAACGUAAUCCUUUCCAAACUUGAGCUGUCUACAUGGGAUCUUACUGUGCCUCUUAAUAGAACAAACCUAAUCAAUUUACAUUAAAGCUAAAUUCUAGAUAUAUAUUUAUUAAAUACAGUCCCAAAUCGGUCUCCCGAUCCCAAAAGCAUGAUCUGGGUGCAAUAUUUAACUUUUUUUCCUGUAGAGUGAUAGUCCUCUUCUUAUGUCCUGUGAUGUCAUUAGAGGGCUUCAAAAAUCUUUGCAGCUUCAUCAGCCAGAAGAAGGGAUCUGCUGGGCACCCUGUACCAUUUCCAAGUACCUUGAGGUGUCUGAGAGCUGUCUGUCAGGAGUCUAAAAGCUGAGACUGCACCCCAGAGUUUUAAAGCUCAGUCAUCAGAUACACACAUCCAAUAUCCCAGCCCCCCCUGGCUGCGAUGUUGGCUGUGUGUAUCUGAUGACUGGGCUUUAAAGCUCUCCUCACUGUAGCUGUUCUCAUUUAUGUACAAAAACUAAAAACCAUCUACUCUGCAUGGGCUAAUCAUGGUUUAUUGCUCAGCUUCUGUGUUCCCUGUCUGUCUGAAUUUACCUCCUGUGCUGCAGACAGAAACUACUCUAGUCACUUCAGUCAGAUAAAGAUUGUCAAACUUCUGGAGGAAGCACAGAGGUAACUUCACAAUGAUAGGGAACGUAGAAGCCAAACAAUAAACUGUAUGCAGCCCCUGCACAGAAGGCAGACUAAUCUUGGCAUUUAGUUUAUUUUAAAUAAAAGUGACCAGUUCAGAGUUCUGUUACUCAGCCAGCAGGAACUAUGAGCAGAUCUGCUCAAGAUUGCUUGCUGUCGCUAUAGUUUAAAAUUUUCCCUGUUUUACAUUGGGUCUUUCCAGGAAUGACAAUUCAAUAAUGGAGCCAGGCAGAGAGAUAGAGGGACAGUAAUUGGGUGGGAAUAGGCUGCCAGAGCUCAGAGGUAGAUUGCAGGCAUGGGCUGCAUUACAUUAAUACUGCCCAGCUACAAGGGGCGACCGGUCACCCAGCGUACAGAGAGCUGCUGUCAAGAACGUUCACCUGAGCAAGAAUUUCAGAUGCAGGUAACUUUCAAAAUGGUACCUGAAGUAAAUGGGACAGAUGAGAUUUUGCAUAAUGCAAGCUUAUUGCUGCAUUUAUGUAUAAUUUUAUAUCUACCCAGAGUUCAGCUUUAAUAAAAUAAUGGUGCCUUCAAUAAAAUUAGCCCGUCACUAAAUUAUGCAUUCCGGUUUUACUUUAUGUGCUUACAGUUGCCCAAACAAGGCAUUUGUCUUGACUUUUGAUGCACAACUCCACUCUCCCCUAGCCUAACCCAUAAUGCAAAGCCCACUGAGAAGACAAAGACCUGCAUGUUUGUAUUAUUGAAACUAAGCAGGAAAUGGCUUAGUGAUCUGUAGAAGAGGCAUCCUUCCAGAGAGCGUAAUAAUCAGACAAAUGUACUUUCUCUCUAAAAUUAUGGUGAGCAUUAUAGGGGGGAAAGGUAAAGAUGACAAAUGUUGGUGAUAAACCUGAAAAGCAUGCUCAAAGGAUUGGGUUCCUUAGGAUUUAGGGUAAUAUUUUCACACCCGUAUGGGGGGCAUCUUACAUUUCAAACACUAGUAAAAUUAGAUGUAAUUUUUUUAAAUUACAGGUGUGAUUUAAAUCUUUACAAACGGUGUGAAUGGCCAAAGUGCAACUCCGGGGGGGGGUAAGAAUCACAGUUACUUUUUUUUAAAGCUGGUGCCUUGCCUGGACAGUUUCCUGGGCACUUAUUCAGUGAGUGACUGUAAUGUCAUGAAUGAAUGUAAUGCAGUGAGAUUAGAAUAAAGAAAUAAUAACAUGAAAAUAAGUAUAUUUCUGAGGGGCUGGUAUGAGACUUGGCUCUACAGUUAGUAUUGAUUACUUUAAGGUGUGUUAUCCCUCUGUCUUUUAACAUGCACACACCUAUAUAUGUCUAUAAUAAAUCUAUAGUAUACUCUUGAUUCUUGCUUCUCAGAAAUUAGAACUAUGUAAAAAUAUGUUUUGUUAAUAUUCUGCUGCCCCUGUGACCGUAGGGAAUAUAUGCCUUUAUGACAAAUGGUCUAAUGGGAUAAACUGCCUGUGCCAAAAGGGAGCAACAUAAUAUCAGUUAACAUUUAAUGGGGAACAAACCUAAUUAUUAUGUUUAAUUUGUUGGUAUUGUGUAUCUUGCAAGGGACCUAAUCUAUUCCAACCUUCUAAAUGCUAGUCUAUGCAAUGAUUUUCAGCAAAAUUUUACAAAUUGUAUGUGUAUUUCUAUAUAUGCAUAUGCCAUUUCUUAUGUAUACAAAAUGGCCUUAUCAAUAAGUUCUCAAGAAAUGCACACUUUGGAAAUGAUGAAAGAGAAAUAAGUGCCUUAAUACAAGUGAAUUGGGGACUUGGUGCCAUAAAAAAGUAAUUAUGCUUUGUCUUAUGUAUCCCCAUUCUUUGUUGUAUAAUUUGCUUUUUAGAUUGCUAAUGGUAUUAAAUUGGAACAAAUGUAUAAUAUAUAUAUAUAUAUAUAUAUCCAUACUGUUUAAUAUUUGCUUUAUAAAAUGUUUCAUUUGCUUA